UCACCGACAGUGCGCUCCCAUCUGUCGUCGCGACGACACAGCCAGAUCCGUACCGUUGCCCCGAGCGCUGCUGUGCGAGACAUACAACUCGAAAUCGCGCGCUCCUAUUCGAAAUUUAUAAAGUUGAUUCUUGACCUCCAGGUCUUCCGUGCGACUCUUGGUCUUUUCUCUGCGUUGAUUGGAUUCAAUUUAGAUAAAUAAAAACGAUUCAUUGGCGUGAUUGAGCGACUGGUGUAACAUGGUGUUAGAGGAAAGUGUGGAUUGGUAGUUCUAACUUUUCGUUUUGUGAACCGUGUGCCAAUUGGGGUUCCAUAUUUUGACGAUUUUCAUCUGAAAGAUUUCUGUUCCUGGAAUCACAAGAGGUGGGAAAUGCUGAAAAUUUCCCGAGAGGAAAUUCGAUGAUGAGAUGGACCAAGAGUAUGAAGGUGCUGCCUCAUCCAUCACAAGAGGAUCGGGCAGUUCUUCUGAUAGUUACCAGGAUCACAACGCAAGACCCGUCGAAAUGUUCAAUGAGAUCCUUCUGCAGAAUUCCCGCACGAGAAGCCUGAGCCAUGAAAAUCGAAACGACCUCUGAAAAGUGACAGGAGAAGGGCUACCGAAAAUGCUGAAUUCAACUGAUGCUGAAUACUACGUAGCUCACAAUGACUCUAUUUCAAACGAUUCCGAAAAUGCCUCCCCUGACUUCGAUUCGUGUUUAAAAGAAGAACCCGUACAGCUCCAACUUCUCAGAUUCAUCAUCAAUGGAUUACUCCUGAACAUAAUAGGUGUGCUCGGAAUGUUCGGGAAUAUUAUUUCUAUGAUAAUUCUCUCUAGGCCCCAGAUGCGCUCCAGCAUCAACUAUCUACUAAUUGGUCUCGCCAGAAUCGAUACUGUUCUAAUCCUGACCAGUAUGCUUCUUUUUGGACUACCUGGACUACAUCCUUAUAGUGGAGCAUUGUCCACGUACUAUUACUUUAUUUACCCCCAUAUUGUUCCUGUAGUAUACCCAUUAGCACUCAUCUCUCAAGCUGCAUCAGCUUACCUGACAUUCUUCGUAUCAUUAGAACGCUUCGUGGCAGUGUGUCAUCCCUUAAAAGUGCGAUCGUUGUGUACCUACGGGCGUGCUAGAUUCUAUGUGAUCGGAAUCAUCUGUGUUUCCGCUCUCUACAACAUAUCCAGAUUCUGGGAAUCGUCUAUUCAGGCUGAAUGGUGGCCCGAGCAGAAUAUUACGGUUUACUGUCCUUCACCUUCUUAUUUGAGGAGGAACCCAACGUACAGGACCAUUUACAUACAUUGGUGUUAUUUUAUCUUCAUUUAUCUCAUUCCGUUCAUGGGAAUUGCUGUAUUGAAUGCAAUGAUUUACCGUCAGAUACGAAGGGCAAACAGAGAGAGACAGCGAUUGUCCAGACUGCAAAAACGUGAAAUCGGCCUGGCAACUAUGCUUUUCUGCGUAGUGGCCGUUUUCUUCAUCUGCAAUCUACCACCAAUGGUAAUCAACAUCAUAGAGACAUUCGGUCUCGAGUAUGAUCUCUCCAUGCUUAUCAACAUAAGUAACCUCCUUGUCACCAUCAACUCCAGCGUCAACUUCAUCAUUUACGUCAUAUUCGGCGAAAAAUUCAAGAGACUUUUUUUAGUUCUUUUCUGUCAUAAUUCCGUGUUUGGAAUCGGGACUGGCAGAGAAUCCCCCGAUGGGACGCAUGAUGACAGUUUUAUAUCCAAUGGGGAUAGGACUAGUGUCAGGCUGCAUCGACAGUUUACCAAUUUGAGCCGAAAUGGUAACUCGAGUAGGAUGAAGGGAUCGACUAGGGAGAAAAGAUGUAGCAAGCGCGCACCCAGUCCAGGACCUUGUGUUUAUUACCCUGCCAACAGGUCUAUCAAAGAGAUAAGUGCUUAUACUACACAGAUAUCCCUGCAGAGCGAUGGAUGAUUGAUGUUUCCUGAUAAUGAUGAUGACUUUACCUUUCACAGAUGCUACUCUGCAAAAUGACUUUUCACGAAGAAAUAACUUUAACAAUACGGAUCCUCGCUUAUCUAAUCUUGGCCUUGGAGGUCAAGGUGUAACAAUUUAAAUUUUUUAUUUUGGGAAAUUGAAUUCUUCGAGUCAUAUGGUGAUUUUUUGUGUCGAAAGAUUUAAAGAUUAAAAAAAUAUUUUCUUCGAAUCAUAUGGUGAUUUUUUGUGUCGAAAAAUUUAUAGAUUAAAAAAAUAUUUUCCUCUGGUAAUUGAAAACCAAAGUUUGCCGCCGUUAAAUUUUAAGAGAUGUACAAGAGCUUAAACGAUGAAAAGGGUCCAAACUUGUUCAGAAACAUCAUUUUUAUCCAACAGUUUCUUCAUCAUAAUGACGUGUUUCAAUAUCCCCAAAUUUUCAUUUGAAAAUGAAAAUAACAAUGCCAAUCACUAAUUAUGCUAUGAAUAGAAAGGAUGAUUCAUCAGUGUCACCUCUUGUAGCAUAAUUUCUUGGAAAUUGGCGAGAAAAUUAAAAGACAACCUUCACCAUCACCAUAACAUGACUGUUAUUAGUGAAAGAGAGAAAGAGUAUUUUCGAAUAAUACGUAAUUAAGACUGUUUUGUUUUAUGUAAAUAGUUACUUCAAGCAAAUUUAUGUUAAAGAGAACUUGUAAGUAUAUAAGAGGGAAACCUAUGUAGAGUGCAAUAUUAUACCUCCCUAUCUAUUAUGUGAUCUUCCUAUUGAACCUGUGAACUGACCAAAAUGGUGAAUAAAUUUGACGAACAUAGCAAAUCU